AUGCGUUCUUCUGCUACUCUUCUCGCCCUGGCCGCCUCUCUAGUCGAGGUCUCCGCCGUCGUCUACAAGGGCUUCAACUACGGUGCCACCAAGUCCGACGGUUACGCCCCCAGAAUCCAGAGCGACUUCGAGAGCCUCUUUUCCACCGCGAAGAACUUGGUGGGCACCUCGGGAUUCACUAGUGCUCGUCUGUACACCACCAUCCAAGCCGGUACUACCAGCGAUCCCACCUCCGCCAUCCCAGCCGCCAUUGCUCAAGAUGUCUCCAUCCUCCUCACCCUCUGGUCCUCUGGCACCGCUUUCCCCCAAGAAUUGCUCGCCCUGAAGGCUGCCAUCGCCCAAUACGAAGGCGCGUUCACCAGCAGGGUCGUAGGUAUCUCCAUCGGAUCCGAGGAUCUCUACAGAAACUCCCCUACUGGAAUCGCAGCUGGCUCGUAUGUUGGUGCUGAUCCCGCCACCAUCGUUAACAACAUCAAGGCAGUUCGCGCAGCCAUCGCUGGUGGACCUUUGGCCAACGCUCCUGUCGGACACGUUGAUACAUGGACUGCCUGGGUCAACGGUUCGAACCAAGCUGUCAUUGACAACUGCGACUGGAUUGGUGUUGAUGCCUACCCAUACUUCCAAAACACCCAAUCCAACGGUAUUGCCAAUGGCGCCUCCCUCUUCAACGAGGCUGUAGCCAACACCGUCGCUGCCGUUGGAAGCAAGCCUGUUUGGAUCACCGAGGCCGGAUGGCCCGUGACUGGCAAGACUGAGAACCUCGCUGUUCCUAGCGUCGAGAAUGCAAAGACCUUCUGGGACGAGGUUGGAUGCCCACGAUUUGGUGUCGUCAAUACUUGGUGGUACACUCUCGAGGACACCGACAACAAUGCUUCCCCCAACCCAUCUUUCGGUAUCACUUCUGGCAAUCCUCUAAGCACCACUCCUCUCUUCGACCUCUCGUGCUCCAACGUCUCUUCGUCAACUUCUGGCAGUGCCAAGCCUACAUCCACUUCCCCAACUGGCAGCGCUGCUUCCAGUGCGCUAUUGUCCGCCUCGAAUGCUUUGACUGGAGGUGGUAUCGUUGCUACUGGAGGCGGUCUUUCUCCGUCCAAGCCAGCCGUUGAUGGAUCAGCGGGAUCUGCCUCUGCUACCGGCACUGGAUCGUCUCCAGCCGGCACCGGUAGUGCCGGAGGCUCCGGCUCCGGCUCCGGCUCCGGCUCAGGCUCAGGCUCAGGCUCAGGCUCAGGCUCAGGAAACGGCAAUGUCACUCUUUCGACCACGGCCAAACCUGCUGGACCCGAAGCUGGAAGCCCUACGUCUACUGGCCCACUCAUCGUCAGUGGAAACGCAGCUCCUUCUCUUUCUGGCCCUAUGAUGGGUGUCAUGGGUGCUUUGAUCGUGGCUAUUGCGGCUUUGUAA